CAGGGCCCGGGGCGGGCAGCGGGAGGCUGGAAAGCUGUUGGGGCUUUCGGCGGGGAGAGCGGGUGGUGGUGCUCGUCAGGCAGCCCCCCGCAGCAUGCCCUUCCAGCAGGGCUCUGCCCGGACGCGGCAGCGGACCGUCCUUCUGGUGGGGAUCGUGGUGCUGCUGGCCGGCUUGGUCCUGGCUGUCGUGCUGGCCUCCGUCCUGACUCACGGAAAGCAAGAGGUCAGCCCGAAAAUGCUGAAGUGGAAGGACAGAGGGACCACUAAGAAUCUGCAAGAAGUUAUCCUGGGAAGAUGCUACAGCUACGUCACGGCGUGGUACCCUGAGCUGGGAGAUAAGGAUUGCCUAAAAAUAUGGGAAUCAUUAAAACACGCAUUCAUUUACAAGAAUCCCUGUAAUAUUACAUCAGAAGAUUAUCAGCCCUUAAUGGAGUUAGCGAGUCAUCCCAUACCCUGUAACAAGUCACUGUUUUGGAGCAAAACAAAUGACCUCGCUCAUCGUUAUACAAAAUCCAAUCAAAAUUUCCUUACCUUGGAGGACACCUUGUUGGGUUAUAUGGCUGAUAGGGUUUCAUGGUGUGGAGACCCCUCUACCCCAGGAAUCAAUUAUGAAUCUUGUCCAAAACGAAGUGAAUGUGAGAGCAACCCUAACUCAGUAUUCUGGAAAAUGGCAUCCAAGAUGUUUGCAGAAGCAGCAUGUGGUGUGGUUCAAGUGAUGCUCAAUGGAUCAGUAGAAGCCGGAGCUUUCAGAAGCAGCAGCAUCUUCGGAAGUAUUGAGAUCUUUAACCUAAAUCCAGACAAAGUCUCUGCAGUGCACAUUUGGCUUAUGCAUGACAUCGGUGGACCUCAAACUGAAUCCUGCUCAGGUUAUUCCAUAAAGAGGUUAACAAGCAUCUUAGAAGAGCGAAACUUUAAGAUCACCUGUGAAGACAAUUACAGGCCAGUUCAGCUCCUUCAGUGUGUGCAUAACCCUGACCACACAGACUGCAGGCUUUGCACCAACACCACGGCAGCUCCAUGAAGAGAAGUCCUCCAUGCUGCUGAAGACUUUUGUUAUUUGUGUGUAAAGCUGGCAAAGAUGUGGCUACCUAGCUUAGAAUGAUAAACAGUAGUGUGGUGUGUACAGAGUCCAUAACCAGAAAUCCUUGCUGUGAUACUAACAGCCAAAUAACAGGAGAAGAUACUUCAGGUGUGAUUACUGUACACACAUGCACAUAGAUAUAUGAUUUCAGAGGGAGUAGGGACAUGUUCAGUGGUUAAGGGCAGGUGCUUUGCCCUGGUUUUCUCCCUCCUGUGCAGCUCUCCUUGUGCCAUGAGGCUCAGAGCAAGGGUUCCCUGAGGUGUCCACAGAGAAGAAGAGUCUUUCCAGCAGCGGCAGAAUUUUCCCUGUUCAGAGCUUGGCUUCCUCCCCACUGGAAGGCCAGGUGGGACGUGAAUAGAGCAUCCUGUGCUCGCCCUACAUCCCGGUAUAACAUCCCCCCGAGGGGAACAUUGCCCAGUGGCACAUGAUGUAAAUCGUGUUUCUCCCAGGGACUGUGGCACCCCUGAGCAGGUAAAGCAAGCAAUGGAAGAGGCAGAGCAGUUUUUACCUUUUAACGGGCAUCACGGUAAGUGGCUGGUGGGGAAACAGCUGAGCUGAGCCAAGAAAAGACCAGAAACAGACAGCUCAGAGGGUCGCCAGCAGAGUGUGUAGCUGGGGAGAGAACACAGCAAGACUGACUCAGACAGCCCCAUUAAAAUCCUACUGGAAACACUGUUGCAGUUCAGAUUACAUUUUAUUCUUAAUAUAGCAGUAAGUGUAAGCCUUCCAACUUUCAUAAAAGGUCCCUCAGGCCACAGUUUGGCCAUGCACUGAAACAGGGACAAACAUCAAAAGGUUGCCACAAUAAAGAGUCUCUCUUGACCUCAGUUUCUGAGGUGAAAGGUGAUGCCUUGUGGUGUAUAAUUCACAAGCACGGACAUGCCAUAUUACACCAAAACAGCAGGUUUCAUUGAUUUCCUUUGAUUUCUGUUUUGCUGGUCUCACAUGCAUAAAGUGCAGUGUUUACAACAAAACAAAGAUCUGAGGCCAGCUUGUGGCUGUGGCUGUAGUGCCUUUGUGUAGUGCCAUUGACACAAAGAGAACAGAGCAGGCUUUGCUACAGAUACACUCCUAGGUGUUGCAGCUGACAAUUCAUUAAGCACGCCGAGGUUUCCAUGAUCCCAUAGGCAGAAGGUUAUAAUGCCAUAUGUUUUAGUGACUACCCAGAGUGCAAGAGAUCCUUGUGGAACUACACAAGUUGGUGUAAUUUCAAGCAUCUCUAGAUAAAUCUUUUCUCUGUCAUACACAGGGCUGCACUGAGCAUAUCUGGACCACAUCCAAGACCUCGCCCAUAAUGUUUACAUUAAGCAAAAUGCAUUUUUAUUUGCACUCUCUUAUGUAACUGCAUAGAUGCAUCAAUGAAGGCACAUACCAAUACUUUCAGAUAGGUUAUUUCUGACUACAGGUCAAGAGUUUGCCUUCAUGGUCACUUUUGUACCUCUUCUGUUGUAAUGUAAAAGUUGGUUGUAAGAUCAAGGUCUAUAAUAAAAUCACUGACGACAAA